CUCCACCAGGUACCUCAUCUCUCUUCUCAGCCCAAGGUCCUGUCAGGCCCAGUGUUUCAUGCGGCGCACCCGCACCCGCACCUGCACCUGCUCAGACCCAACAUAACUCUGGCACUUCGCUCUUUGGUGCUCCAGCAGCACCGCCCGCCACAGGCGAUACUUCGCUGCGAGACUACCAAUCCGGUCUCAUGCUCCUCGAGCAGCAAAAUAAAAAACGGCUCCUCAUGGCCCGACAAGAGCUAGAUAGCCCCGAUACAGCAGCAACAGCAGCAACAGCCGCAGCAGCGGACCCGCAGCUUCCUUCCCCUCCAAGCGAUGAAUCGCUUCUUCACUACCUCAUUUCGCUACAGUCUUUCGAAGGGUCAUGGUCGCUGAAACGCGAGUUACUGGGUGUCCUUGGUCUGGAUGAAGGUGCUGUGAAGGCGCAGAUGGACGGCGUGGAUGAUAGGGUGGUGGCAACUGCGCUUGUGAUUGCCGUGUUUGAGGCGCGACUCGAGGGCUUGAAGGGGAGCUGGGAACUUGUGGGUGACAAGGGACGAGCGUGGUUGGAAGGUGAGGUGGGGGAUGGCAAUGUGGAGGAAUGGGUGCAACGGGGGAAGAAGGUUCUUGCGGCAUGACUAAGUUUUAUUUUUUGGAAAUGUAGCAUGUUGAGAAUUUUU